GUGGUUUAAAAUGUAUGCAUUAAUGGCUAUUAAUUAGGUUACAAACACUUCAGAAGUCAUUAAUAAGCAGUUAUAACACAGUUUCAAGAAGGGCAACAUUUACCUGUUGCUUGUGUAUUAGAAAGCCCACAUUCAUCUGUACUGUUGGAUCUUGCAGAUCUCCAGUAUUUAAAUUUUUUUGUUACCCUUUGUAUUGUGUUAAAUUUCCAUGCAGAUUGGACAUCUGAAUUGGUUCAAAAUUACAAACAAAUUGUUUUAAAUUAACUUCCAUCACAAGUUGAGAACAUUUUUCCUUACCCUUUCCUUAAGUUAUCAUUUUGGAAUUGGUUUUGUUCUGACAGAGAUGUUAACUACAUUUUCUCAGAGAAAGAGAGCAUUAACAAUUCAGCCCUGUCAGAUUUUCAUAUUCAUCAGAUAUAACAGCUCACUAUACCCUUUUUAAACGGUUCAAUGAUUAUAAUAACUAUUUACUAUUAAUAAAUUAAUUGUAAACCAGUCAUAAACAUUUUAUAAAGGUAGUCCCAGUGUGAAGUGGUAUCUACCAUAUUGACUAUGAGCUAAAGACUGGACUACAGGAAACAGGACUACAGUCAAAGGCAAUUAAAUUUGCAUUUUGUUAAAUGGGACUUCCACUGAUCUUUUAAGAUUUGCUUGGUGUGAAGGUUUAGUGUGAAAUGCUCCGUUCUAGAGAAACUUACAGAAUCAUAGUGGUGGUGAUAGGAACCAGAAGUCUAAUAAGUUUAAUACCUCCAACACCUCCCACACAAAAAAUGUUAUUACAUGAUAUAGUUAGGAAUUUGUUGCCUGAUGUCUGAGACAUUGUUUUACAGUAGUUGUGGGGAUGAAACAUUUUGUUUAAAACCAUUCAAGACAAACAGGGGCAUGCAGGGAGUUAUAAGGCAAAAUAGGCCCCAAAUAAUUGCAUUCUAGACAUCUUGACCCCUGGUUCCUAUCACUACCACUAUAAAGAAAUCUGAAUUGGUACAUUUCUCUACAAAAAAACUGGUGAAGUUCCCUUUUAACUCAACAAAGGUUUUUACUUAUUUUUUCUCCAUAAAAAGAGACUGCACAAUUAAGAGUUUGUCAUCAAGAACCUGAAUUAAACUGAUGUGAUUAUUGCUAUGACGACAAAGUGUCUGUGAAUGUGUAUAUAUGAAAUUUUUUAGUGUGUGUAUAGAUACAUGGUCUUAGUGCACCUGUUGGAUCGGGCAGUUCAGUGUGAAGCAGAGAAUGUUUACAUUCAGUUGGCCUUGUGAUAGUGAGGAACGCUAACACACCCACCCCAAAUGCCUGGAACUAAAAGACACAACAAAGAUCAGCUCAGAACAGCAUCUCACCUCCUCCUGGGAGAACAGUCCUUCCAGAACAAUACCAGCACUCCAGCUCUCCUCUUCUGGCCUGCACUCAUUUAUCUCCUCCACUCUACAGCUCUGCUGGGUUUCUGAUGGAGCAGAAAGUGGUUCUCAUUACUGGCUGCUCUUCAGGGAUCGGGCUCAGCCUGGCCGUCCACCUCGCAUCAGACCUGUCUAAGGCAUACAAAGUGUAUGCCACCAUGCGUAAUCUGGAUAAGAAGCAGCACUUGUUGGAGAGCGUGACUGGGCUACAUAGAGACACUUUGGCCAUUCUGCAGAUGGACAUCACUGACCAACACUCCAUACUUGCUGCCCAGAGGAGCAUUACAGAGGGCAGAGUGGAUAUACUGGUGUGUAAUGCAGGUGUAGGUUUAAUGGGCCCUCUAGAGGUUCAGUCUGAGGACACCAUGCGAGGAAUCCUGGAGGUAAACCUGCUGGGCACCAUCCGCACCAUCCAAACCUUCUUACCUGACAUGAAGAGAAGGAAACAUGGACGAAUCCUGGUCACAGGCAGCAUGGGGGGACUGCAAGGUUUGCCCUUUAAUGAGGUGUACUGUGCCAGCAAGUUUGCAGUAGAGGGCGUCUGUGAGAGCCUGGCCAUCUUGCUACAACACUUCAACAUCCAUGUGAGUCUGAUAGAGUGUGGGCCCGUCAACACAAACUUCCUGAGGAACCUGACCAAGACUGAGCUGAGUGAUGUUUCAGUGGAGGUGGACGCAGACACACGCAGUCUGUAUGAGAUGUACCUGCAUCACUGCCAGAAAAUGUUUCAGAACGCAGCACAGGACACGGACGACAUCGUCCAGGUCUUCCUGGAGGUGAUCCAGUCACCUUGUCCACUCUUCAGGUACUACACCAACAGUGCACUGCUGCCACUGAGCAGUCUCAAACUGACUGCACUCGAUGGCUCCCAGUACAUCAGAGCCAUGAGCAAGCUCAUCUUCUCAGUGGAGAAUGCAGAUACACCUAAAUAAAACACACCACUGUCCUGUGCGAACAGUUAAGCCACUUCACUGAUGCGCAUAACUGCCUACCCCAUUAUAACUUCUACAUAUGAGUGGUGUAACAUAAUUGAUAACUAUAUGAUCACUGUAAAAAACACUGUCAAUAUGAUCAAUGUAAAAAAGUUUGU